GAGCAGACAUCCCCAGCAGCUGCGCCGCCGCUGCAGCCGUUGCGACCGUCUCAGCGGAGUUCAGAGGGCCAGGCGGUGGGAGACUUCCCACAGGGCGGCUGAGAUGUCGUCCACCGCGGCUUUUUACCUUCUCUCCACCCUGGGAGGGUACUUGGUGACUUCCUUCUUGUUGCUCAAAUACCCGACCUUGCUGCACCAGAGAAAGAAGCAACGAUUCCUCAGUAAACACAUCUCUCACCGCGGAGGUGCUGGAGAAAAUUUGGAGAAUACAAUGGCAGCCUUUCAGCAUGCAGUUACAGUUGGAACUGAUAUGUUGGAGUUGGACUGCCAUAUCACAAAAGAUGAAGAAGUUGUAGUGUCACAUGAUGAGAACCUAAAGAGAUCAACUGGAGUCAAUGUAAACAUCUCUGAUCUCAAGUACUGUGAACUCCCACCUUACCUUGGAAAACUGGAUGUCUCAUUUCAAAAAGCAUGCCAAUGUGAAGGAAAAGAUAACCGAAUACCAUUACUGAAGGAAGUUUUUGAGGCCUUUCCUAACACUCCUAUUAACAUCGAUAUCAAAGUCAACAACAAUUUGCUGAUUAAGAAGGUUUCAGAGUUGGUGAAGCAGUACAGACGAGAACACAUCACGGUGUGGGGUAAUGCCAGUUAUGAAAUUGUAGAAAAGUGCUACAAAGAGAAUUCAGAAAUUCCUAUACUCUUCAGUUUACAACGUGUUCUGCUCAUUCUUGGCCUGUUCUUCACUGGCCUCUUGCCCUUUGUGCCCAUUCGAGAACAGUUUUUUGAAAUCCCAAUGCCUUCUAUCAUACUGAAGCUAAAAGAACCACACACCAUGUCCAGAAGUCAAAAGUUUCUCAUCUGGCUUUCUGAUACUCUACUAAUGAGAAAAGCUUUGUUCGACCACCUCACUGCCCGAGGCAUUCAGGUGUAUGUUUGGGUAUUAAAUGAAGAGCAGGAAUACAAAAGAGCUUUUGAUUUGGGAGCAACUGGGGUGAUGACAGACUAUCCAACAAAACUUAAGGAUUUUUUACAUAAUUUUUCAGAAUAGAAAAGGAGGUACUCAGAAGCAUUCAAAGAAAACAUGAAAAGACCUAAGAAAAAAAAUUGUUGUUAUUUCCCUAAGCCAUUUCUGGAAUGGUAAAAGGUUUAAUCAGUUAAGUGUUUAUUACCUCAUUUUUAAGCCUGUCU